AACCUCUGAAUAGUACACCUGAUAAAUUUCCCUCUACAUUCUGAUAAAAGGGAAGAAAGGGGACAGGAACUGGCAUUUGGUUAACACUUGCUAUGGAUCAGUCCCAGUACCUCCAGCAUUUAACCCAACUCAUGUAAUCCUUGCUUUGUACACUAUGAAGCAGGCCUUAUAUGUCCCAUUUUACAAAUGAGGAAGCUGAGGUUCGGCAAGCUAAGUACAGCACCUAAAGCCAUCCAGUCGGUAAAUAACAGACCCAGGAUUUGAAUGCAGAUCCGUCUGAGUCUGGCUCCAGAGCCCAUGCUGUUUCUUCCAUAUAAGGUCAGAGAGAAGAGGACUAUUUGACUCCCUUCCUAGCCUUUCCCCUCCGACAUCAUCUUCACUUCUCAAUAAUGAAGACAGACCUCGACCCACCAUGGUUAGGCCUAGCUCUAAAGUUGUUUGAAGGAUGAUACUGCCUUCUGACCUUCAACCUGUCUCUGCUUUCCCAAACUCCAACCUGCUGUUGCCCUCAAAGCCAGGCUGGAUGCAGCAAACUUUGUCCCAUCUUCCCAGGUCUGAUGUGCAACAUUGUGUGCUCUAGCAGAGAGCACAGAACAGAGGAGAGAACACUGAAAUGGGGGAGGAAUGGGAGAGAGGCAAAUAUAGCUUGGUUCAGGAUCUUUGAACUGCCAAGCAUCUUUCUUGGAAUAAAAGCAAGAAUGGACUCUUUCAAAAAGCACCGAGGCAUUGACCUUGAGCUUUGCAAUGUCUUCUGCGUCUUCUCAGCUGUGCUGGAUGCCCUGGAGGAACAAGGAGGCCUCCAGUCCCUCUCCCGCUAAUCCCCCCUUGGAAGCCCUCCAGAGCCCCAGCUUCAGAGGCAACAUGGCGGACAAGCUGAAGGACCCCAGCACCCUGGGCUUCCUGGAGGCGGCCGUGAAGAUCAGCCACACAUCCCCAGAUAUCCCAGCUGAGGUGCAGAUGUCGGUCAAGGAGCACAUCAUGCGUCACACGCGGCUGCAGCGACAAACCACAGAGCCAGCAUCAUCCACCAGGCACACAUCCUUCAAGCGCCACCUGCCAAGGCAGAUGCAUGUCUCCAGUGUAGACUAUGGUAAUGAGCUUCCGCCAGCCGCAGAGCAGCCCACCAGCAUCGGCCGCAUCAAGCCCGAGCUCUACAAGCAGAAGUCGGUGGAUGGGGACGAUGCCAAGUCUGAGGCCACGAAGAGCUGCGGGAAGAUCAACUUCAGCCUUCGCUACGAUUAUGAGACCGAGACCCUGAUUGUGCGUAUCCUGAAGGCUUUUGACCUCCCUGCCAAGGACUUCUGUGGGAGCUCUGACCCUUACGUCAAGAUCUACCUCCUGCCUGACCGCAAAUGCAAGCUGCAGACCCGGGUGCACCGCAAGACCCUGAACCCCACCUUCGAUGAGAACUUCCACUUCCCCGUGCCCUACGAGGAGCUGGCUGACCGCAAGCUGCAUCUCAGUGUCUUUGACUUCGACCGCUUCUCCCGCCAUGACAUGAUUGGCGAGGUCAUCCUGGACAACCUCUUUGAGGCCUCUGACCUGUCUCGGGAAACCUCCAUCUGGAAGGACAUCCAAUACGCCACAAGUGAAAGCGUGGACUUGGGAGAGAUCAUGUUCUCCCUCUGCUACCUGCCCACAGCAGGCAGGCUCACCCUCACGGUGAUUAAGUGUCGGAACCUCAAGGCGAUGGACAUCACAGGCUAUUCAGAUCCCUAUGUCAAAGUGUCCCUGCUUUGUGAUGGGCGGAGGCUGAAGAAAAAGAAAACAACCAUAAAGAAAAACACUCUCAAUCCUGUCUACAAUGAGGCCAUCAUCUUUGACAUUCCCCCGGAAAACAUGGAUCAAGUCAGCCUGCUCAUCUCAGUCAUGGACUAUGACCGAGUGGGCCACAAUGAGAUCAUAGGAGUCUGUCGUGUGGGGAUCAAUGCCGAAGGCCUGGGCAGGGACCACUGGAAUGAGAUGCUGGCAUACCCCCGGAAGCCCAUCGCACACUGGCACUCCUUGGUGGAGGUAAAGAAAUCCUUCAAAGAGUGGCAGGGCCGAGCUGCCAGCUUCGACAGUGAGAGCUCGUGCCCAUCUCCGAAACCGCCUCCGUCCCCAUGAGCUGCGCGGCCGAGUAACCCCAGCGGGACUCAGCAGUGCUCUCUUUGCACUUGUCCAACCGUCUAAACAGUGUCGUGCAGUCGCGGUGGCGGUGGUGGCCGUCGUCACUCCAGAGCCUUACCUGCUCCUGUGUAGGGCAAGGCCGAGACACUUGUCAUGUGGUCAGAUCUGUCUUAGUCUUUUCUGUCUCCCAAGGUGAUGUUUUUGUGGUUUUUCACUUUUUAUGGGUCUGCUGUUAAGAAAAGAAAAAAAAAAAAAAAGAGUAGGAAAAGACAAAGGGCGGAAAGCCCAGAAGUUGGUUCUAGAAAAUACAGUGUAUAGUCUUUUGGAAAGAGGUGGAUUGAGUUUCUGAAAUGCUGUGUCUCCAGCAAGCUCCACAGCCCUGGAAAAGGAGGAGGCGUGGUGGGACUGCGGCCGGAUUUUCAGUGUCCUGCAGGAAUGAGAUGAAUUUAUGGAAGGGCCUUUGUAGGGCGAAUUACUAGCCUUUGAAGCCGUUUGCUGGUGGGACGUAAAUUGUAUUGGGACCCUCAGUCCUGUGUUGAAAUCACAAGACCUCUGAGGCGCCUGUGAGCCUUCGGUUGAUGUGCAGGGUUCCUCGCUCGCCCUCCUCGUUGGCUUUCCUCAAGAAUCGAAAACGUCUCGAUUCCUCAUGGGACCUUAGUCACUUUCUUUAGGAAUGAUUCCACUGAAACUAAACACGCCAUAUGUUUUCUGAUGCACCACAGUUAACGAUCAUAUUUGUUUCAAAACAGGAUCUUUGUUCUCAGAAUAACCUUCAUUGUAAAGUAAGAGAGAUACAUAUGUUCUGGAAUGAUUUCUGCAUUAUACAUAGCUUUAUAAUUCCACGAAGUAUCAAGCCGCUGUUUAAAAUGCCUAAACAGAUUACAGAAAAAAACCUAGAUUAAAUGUUCUUUUCCAAAUGGGGAGUUUUGAAAUCCAACAGUUUGAGUCCGGCUUUCUAUGAAGAGUGUCUUUUUAUUUGAAACCAAGUCAGCGUAAGCCUCUUUCAGCCCCUUUGGCUCUGGGACAAUAUUCAUCUUAAACUUUAGUUCUAUAAAUUGCUAAGUACUUCCGUGUUGUUUGUUUCAGUGGUUGUGAGGGUUUCUUGUUUCCUUUAGAUCUCUACCUUAGGCCAAACUCAGUUUAGGAAAAAACAAUUAUUUGAACUAUCCUGUGUUGUAGUAGCACAUUUCUGUUCAGUUAAUAGUGGCCUUCCCCCAACCCCUAAAACCAGGAUGAUGUGCUCAAUCUCAGUUUGUAUAACCCGAGUAAGCGCAUGGAGGUGAUUUUCUACCUGACUUGUGACUACGCAGUGCUAGUUUCCAGAGCUGUGUGUAAUACUUGCAAGAGGCAAGUCUGCUGGGGAACCCCUUCUUUUCACAGUGGAAAGUCAAGAACAGAAAAUCUGUUCACACACCUGUGUCUUAUUCUUUAUAUAUGUUACAUGCUAAAGGGGCAGCAACCAAUAAAGUGGUCCUCAUUUUAAACCAAGGUGUCAGAUUUUUCUGCUGAUCUAACUCUGCAUAGUAUCUUCUAGCCCUAAAAAUGACCAGGUUGGGCAUGAGCUAACAGGAUAUUGUGACAAAAAGAGUUUUCUGCUUAGAAAAGUAAAUGUAGAUAAACCUAAGCUCUGCUCCGCACUGAGCCUUGGGCUAGGGACUCAUGGGUAAAGAUGACUUUUCUCCCCAAAUAUCCUGUGAUCGGCAGGCCUUCCUAGUCCAGCAGUCCUGCAUUUGGAGGUUCUCCUGAGAGUGAGAAGAAACCCCAAGGUCAUGACAAGAUUCCUAGAAGUGACAAACCUCAUUAUGAUUCUGACUCUAGACUGACCCCAUUAAGAGAGUCAUUUCCAUCGGUGAACAGAUGCUGUGGGCCUUGCGAUUACAAAGGGGACAACUGCAUUUCCUGGGUCAUAAGGAACCCAGAAAUUAGUUUGAGAAGGUCCUUCUGGAAGUGAACUCAAAAUAUGUGUCCAGCUGUCACUACUAAACCCUUAGGCAGGUGAGGCUAACCCAUUCUAACCUCUUGGAGAAGGGAAUGUGGUCAAUGUGAAUAACAAUAGCAUUGCUCAUCUGAGACAUUCCUUUUACAUCCAAGUAGCUAUCUCCCAUGAGUUAACAGCCCAAUGGUUUCGGAAAAUCAUUUCCUGAACAGAUUCUAGCCAGCCCCAUGCCACCCUGGGCAGCUGCAAACCGCUGCUGCUCUAGGAACCUUGGUCUAUUCCUACAAGCUUGGGAGCCCACCCCAGGGAGGCUUUUAGCUCCUGCAGUCUCACCCCCAGCACCCUCAAGAGAGACUAGUCCUCAGCCUGAAUCAUGAAUGAAAGCUGAACAUCCGCCAACCUCAUUAUCUAGCUCAGUACCUCUCCCCUCACAGAGGAGAAAAAAAUGAAAUACAAGGUCGAUCCAUUUGUUGGCUUUCUCUGGCCAGAGCAACCUCUCGGGUUGUUGCUGUGAGUGAGCUUUGAUGAAGUUGUGAUAACCAGGGCCAUUUGCACACAGGUUUUUUUAAAAAAAAACACGGAAAGUUCCCUUCUCCUUUACUUAGCAGUGUUUCUGGACCGAAAGAUGCCCUCCUCCCACUCUGCACUUGCCCAGGACGUUAAUUAAUUGCAUUGUCAUUUAAAAUAUUAUGUUGGUGAUUACUGCUUUCUGUCUUCCCACUCCCCAUCACAGCCUGGAGAUUUUUUUCAAUUAAAUCUCUGUCUCCUGCCCGUCUCUCUUGUCACUACGUUCCUGGGGUUUAGCAGCCAGUACACACACAAGACAUCACAAAGCUUUUCUUUCAAUCUUUGCUUCACAUAGAUAACCACUUCCCUUUUAUCAGUGGUAGAGCAGAAGGCCUGUUGGUGUUUUGUUCUGCUCAAGGAAUACCUGUGGACCCCUUCAGGCUGGAAUCCACCUGUGUUUUGUCAGGCUUGUGGCUCAGACAGCAUUUGGUGCACAGGACUCCACUGUUCCCUCAGCUCUUGAGCUCAACAAGCAGUCCCUCCAGAUGCUGAAGCUCCCCUCAGGGCGUGGGCCAUACACUCACUUCGGGGAAGUACAGUGCUGUCACCCACCAGCAGAGGAAUCCUGCUGGCCAUUGUAAAAUACAACUUGGGAAAGCCAUGGGAAAAUACUUCUGCAGCCUCAAAAAUUAAAAAAGAACAUUCUAAUGUGUUAGAAUA